CAGUAACUACCGCGCUACUUGUGAGCAGCCUGCGCCACCAUGGCAAUCUCGAGAGACGCGUUUAAAAAAGUCAUGGAAGCCGCAGUUUCGGUUAGAGAACACGUCUAUGACAACUUCUACGCUUCCCAUUGGAGAUGGGAAGACGACAAUACCAACGCCGACCGUGACGCAAGUAGCUUUGCCGAUCUUGCACAUUUACUAGGCUUUUCCGCACCGGAAACCUACUCGAAUUCACUCACACCCGCGUUUGAAGUCCAUGCUCGAAUCAUAGACAUAUUGAAACGUGCAGUCUCAGAUAUCGGAAAGAGUGUCAUCAUGAUCCAUUACGCGGGCCAUGGGGGAUUGAACUAUGUACUCUAA